AGAAUCUGACAGACACAAAUCACAAGUCCAUAAAAUGUUUCAUGUUUUGUCUUGGUAUUUUACUUGUUGAUAUUAAAGGUAAAUUCAAUAAAAAGUAAGUGAAAAGUGAUAAUUAAAAACGUUAAGUGGAUAUGAAACAGUGGUACAAUUAAAUAUCCGAAGUCAAAACAGUUUUUUCCCGUUUUUGGGCAGCAACCGACCAGACGGGAGCGCAGGAUGGAGGACGAGGUGACGUUCCUCUUUCAGCUGGGUGUGCUGCGGGACGCGGUAUCGGCGCCCGCGCAUCAGCUUACUCUCGCGCACCUCAAGGAGCUCGCUGUCAAGUUUGUACACGAUAAGAUACCAGACAACGGACUGAAUCGGCUAUCAGAUCGCAUUCUACUGUUCCGCCACGACUACUGUUCGCCCAACGUGCUGCAGCUCGUCAAUUCCUCUACCGAUGUCACUGACGAGACCCUGGUCGAGAUCGUUCUCACAGCAAACCUCCACGUUUCAGCGACCAUAUGCGACGGCGGGACGGAGCAGCCGGCGUCGCGGCCACACGCUUUGGCCGUGCACUCGUACAAGGCGCCGACGUUCUGCGACUUCUGCGGAGAGAUGCUGUUCGGCUUGGUUCGACAGGGGCUAAAAUGCGAAGGGUGCGGUCUAAACUACCACAAGCGAUGCGCAGUGAAAGUGCCGUCCAAUUGCAAGUCGCCCGUCGCCGGCGCGAGCGCCGCGGGCACUUCCCGUCGUCAGUCGGGGGCGCCCCGCAGUCCGUCACGGACGUCUGCGCACAGCCACACGUCGCAGGACGACUCCCUGGUGGGAAGCGCGAGCAAGCGAUCGACGAACGCGUGGCCGACGGGUUCGCUGGGCAUCCCUCACACUUUCCAAGUGCACUCUUACACUAGACCGACCGUCUGUCGUCUCUGCAAGAAGCUGUUGCGCGGCCUUUUCAAGCAAGGCCUUCAGUGCAGGGACUGUCACUACAACGCCCACAGGAAGUGUCUGCCGUUCGUGCCCAAGGACUGCGGCGGAGAGAUACGGGAUUUACACGGGGAGUUCCAAGACGGCUGCAGCACGAGCAGCGAAGUGUCGGACGGGACUCGAGCGCAACUCGACGACGAGUCCGACGAGGGAGACGCGAACGACGGUGAACACGAUGAGCCCGUUCAACUGCGCAACAGUGAAACGGAGCCCGAAGAGGAACCUCAACGUGAUACGUCUCCGAGUCGACCUAGCAGUUCUUCAUCGUCCCCGAGUGCCAACAUCCCUCUGAUGCGAAUAGUGCAGUCCGUGAAGCACACCAAGAAGAGAGAGGGCCAGUGGCUGAAGCAGGGCUGGCUGGUGCAUUUCACGAAUAAGGACGCCACCGUCCGUCGGCACUACUGGCGCAUGGACAGCAAGUGCAUCACGCUGUUCUCUUCCGAGAACGGAACCAAGUACUUCAAGGAGAUUCCUCUGCAGGACAUUCUCGCCAUCCAGACCGCCAGGCACCCGCACUCCGAGGUGAUGCACUGCUUCGAGCUGCGGACCGCCAACGUAGACUACCUGGUGGGAGCGGAGGAGGCCGGCGGCUCCGCGCCGGAGUCGGGGCUGGGGGCCUAUCUCGCCCGAUCCUGGGAGACCGCCAUACGCCACGCCCUGCUGCCGCUCAAUCUAAACGUCUCGCGGACCGGCGAAGGUCAAAGCGGCGGAGGCCCUCAGCGCGGAGGGGGUCGCCUGGAAAUGUCGCAGCUUUACCAGAUCCACCCCGACGAGGUGCUGGGUUCGGGGCAAUUCGGAAUCGUUUACGCCGGUCUGCACCGCGAUACGCUCAGACCUGUCGCCAUCAAGGUGAUAGACAAACUCCGCUUCCCGACCAAACAGGAGGCCCAGCUCAAGAACGAGGUGGCCAUCCUGCAGAACCUGUCCCACCCGGGGGUGGUCAACCUGGAGAGGAUGUUCGAGACCCCCGAACGCAUCUUCGUGGUGAUGGAGCGGCUGAAGGGAGAUAUGUUGGAGAUGAUUCUGUCCCACGAGCGCGCUCGCCUACCGGAGAGGAUCACCAAGUUCGUAGUCGCACAGAUUCUGGUGGCGCUCAAGCACCUGCACGAGAAGAACAUAGUCCACUGCGACCUGAAGCCCGAGAACGUGCUGCUGUCUUCGGACGAGCAGUUUCCGCAGGUGAAGCUCUGCGACUUCGGCUUCGCUCGCAUCAUCGGAGAAAAGUGCUUCCGCCGGUCCGUGGUCGGCACGCCGGCCUACCUCGCCCCCGAAGUGCUGCGCAACGCGGGCUACAACCGCUCGCUGGACAUGUGGUCGGUGGGCGUCAUCGUCUACGUGUCGCUGUCCGGCACCUUCCCCUUCAACGAGGACGAGGACAUCAACGAGCAGAUCCAGAACGCGGCCUUCAUGUACCCACCCACGCCCUGGAGGGAGAUCUCUGCGGAAGCCGUCGACCUGAUCAACAACCUGCUGCAAGUGAAGCAACGCAAGCGCCUGUCCGUGGACAAGUGCGCGGCCCACGCCUGGCUGCAGACCAGCGAGGCCUGGCACGACCUCAGGGCCCUCGAGCGGAGGGUCGGAGCGCGCUAUCUGACGCACCCCAGCGACGACCAGCGCUACCAGGCGCACUGACCGGAGCCCGAGCUGCCCCCGGAGGAGAUCGGCUGCGUCACCGUCCGACUCUACUGGAGGAAACUGCUCGUCAGGGCUAAGUGACCGCCGUGGAUCGACGUACUCGACGAGUUUAAAACAAUCCACUAUUACAUAAGUAUUUAAGGCGGCUAUGGUGACAAAAUAAAAUUACUAUUCGAAACAUGCCCACGGUCGCGAAGGUGGUCUAUUCCUUAGGGAAAUGUUAAGUUUCCGCAGCUAGAUAGAUAUAUUGAAUAAAUUGUACUUCCUCUAAUAGAAUAACUCGUAAUACCUAAUCGUAAUUUAUAUAUUAUGUACAUUGAAUAAGUACAAAUAUUGGUAUGGGUUAUUUCGUCGAGGAGCCUGAACCCCCGAGGCACUCGGUCGCUUUCGAGUAUCAUUCGAGAGAAUGCAUUUUCUGUCACGUGACAUUAUAUAAUUAAAAAGGCCGCUAGACUUGAAACAUUUGACUUUUUUUGAACCGGCCUUAACGUUUUGUAGGACGUAAUUGUAUAAGUGUCUAUCUAUAAGUUCUAUCAUAUGCAAUGUAUAAUGUGGCUAAUGGAAUGUUAAGUCUUAAAGUUAAGUUAACUCAGUUUAGAUUGUGUCGAUGCCGCGUCAGGGGGUUCGUAAAAUUUUGCGGGACGAGUGAGUCACUCGGUCGCUUCGUAGAUGUAAGGUAAGGUAAGGUGCGCCUCGAACUCACGGCCUAAAAUAUAGAAUAGCUAGUUCGUAAGUUGCUAAGGAGCCGGACUCGUCACGGAAUUUGUAAUAUACGCGUAUACGUAGUCAAGUCCUACUAAACCUACUUUCUUAAAUAACUAACAUUUACUACUUACGAAACUUCCAAAACACAUUAAUUUGAUUGAAACACAUUUCUAUUAAUGAAAUUAAAUUUUAUCAAAUUGUGUCUAUGAAGAGGUUGGUUAGAGUUUGAAAACAAUAAAAUCAUAUUCAAAUGCCAUAUACUAAAACCAUUUGCCAAAACCUUUCUUUUACCUGCGAUGUGCCAACACGAAGCCGUUUUGACUUCAGACGGACUCAUUUGCGAGUCCCACAGAGCCUAUGUAAAUAAAGUAAUUUGCCGAGACAUUAUUUUAAUGAUAAAUUGUCGAUGACUAUUAAAUUUUUUGGUAAUAAUCUUAUCUACUUCCCGCUUACUCUGUGCGUAAAGAAGUUGGGAUUUUUUGGUACAAAUAAGCAUUUUAACUGGAACUAGGCAUUUAUUUAAGAUGUUGUAGAAGUGAUGUUAACGUAUUCAAACACGCUUGUAACGGCAAUAUAUCUAUUACAAUUCUAAAAGGUCGUACGACAUUCAAUGAAAUGUAGGAUUGGUUUUGAAAGUUUCCGAUAAUUUUUUCAAUCAAAUCUUCCAAAUACUGUGAUCUCUGAUAUAAGUGCUUACAGAUUAUGAAGGACAUAGUUGAAAAUUGAGGUCCUUAUUCAUAAAAACUCAGUUUUUUUUUGUCUCUUUUCGUCAAAUUAUAUUUACGUUGUACUGAAACGAGACAGACGUAAUUGGACUGAUUUAGUUUUUAUGAAUAAGAGAAGAUCUUAACGAUUUCACGUCCUCGCGUAGGUUUAAAACAAUUUUAUUUUUUAUUUUAUUUAAAAAAUGCAUAACAUUACAUGCGUGAGCUCAGUUAAAAUAACACUCGGGGCAUCUAUUUUGAUAAUUUGUUUCUACAAUAUUUCUUUAUAUUCAUAAUCUUAGGAGCUUUAAUUUAUUUUUAGUAUUAUUUUUUUACAUCUACUAUUCUUUACAGAAGUUUGGACCAAUAUUUAUAAACUUUAUUUGAAUUUUAUAUUAUAGACUGGAUUUAAACCGUUUCCUCGUUUUUAAAAAGGCGUUAAAGAUGUUAUGUCGACUUACAAAUUUUAAUGCGUUUAGUUAAUAAAUUGUCUUGUCAAUUUUGUAAAAUUAAUAUACACAAUGUUGCUAAAUGAUAAAUUAAUAAAGUGUUAAUUGUAAUAAUUUUGUUAUUUUUCAUAUGGAGUUUAGUGUAGAGUAAUACGCAACAAACACUUGGUUCGGAUUCUUUUCACGCGCCAUGACCCAAGGCCAUUAUAAUGAUCAGCCAAGAUGAAAACAAGGGCUGGCAUACUAUUUUACUAUUUAUGAGCAGAUGAUUUUGUUCUGUAUUUACUAAAUUUAAUAACAUGACAGCGCUCAGUUCUAAGCAAGCGUUACGAGAUGGAAGAUUAUCAAUUUAAAGACACUUCUUCAGAAACGCAAUUUAAAAAUGUUUAAACUAGUACCGACAGCCCUGCAAUACAUGACUCCUCGAGCAGAUAAUCUAGCACAGUUCACGGCACUUCAAACUCAUGACACUACACGUUAACAUGUUCAUAGUAGCAUUAUUCAUUUCUGGAGUGAGCGCGGAAUGGGUUGAGAUAUCGCAGAACAAUUACAGACAGGAACCACCGAGAUUAAAAGAAAACGUUGACCUUGUCUCAGAAGACCUAACCUAUGUGAA